GUAUUUUCUCUAUGACAAGGCUUGAGAGACUACCCUCUUUUCUGCACGUGAGUCUCAAGCCCAAACUUGGUCAUCUGAGCUCAGUGUUCAACAACAGUUAAUUGUGGAAGAAAUAUAACUUUGACUGGGAUUGGAAGAAGUGGACAUUGACAAUGCCUGCCUACCACUCAUCACUGACCGCUCCUAAGAGUAUAGCCAAGAUGGGAGUCAUGCCACUCAAGACAAAGUUCAAGGGCCCUGCUCCCACUAUCAGUGAUGUGGAGGAGCAGGAUAUCAUUGAUGAAGCUAUCUACUACUUCAAGGCUAACGUGUUUUUCAAGAGCUUUGAAGUCAAGUCUGAUGCAGAUAGAACGCUCAUCUACUUGACUUUGUAUGUUUCAGAAUGCCUCAAGAAAGUACAAAGGUCCCCGUCCAAGGGAGAAGCCAAGAAGAGCAUAGCAACUCUGGCUGUGACACAGUUUGACAUCCCUGGUGACACAAAGUAUCCACUCAACUCAUUCAUGGGAAAACCAGUCAAUAGACAAGAAGCGGACCAGCUACGUCAGUACAUGACUCAGCUUCGUCAGGAGCUAGGUCAGAGACUAGUGGAUAAAGUGUUUGAAUCAGACACUGCAAAACCAAGCAAAUGGUGGCUCUGUUUCGUGAAGAGGCGCUUCAUGGACAAGAGUCUCUCAGGACCUGGAGCAUAAACAUACUCACAAACAUUUUAUUUUAUUUGUGUAGUUGGUUUUGAGUAGCUGAAUUUUGAACUACAAUAAUUAUAUUAUAGUGUAGCAAAUUAAGUUAUAAUUAGCCUCCUUCCCAGGCCCAUGGUUGUGCAGUUCUGAUUGUAUUUCUGGUUAUAAACCACA